AUGGGGUCACUCCUUUCCAGCUCUUCAUCUUCUUUCCAUCCAUCUUUUGGGCCGCUUAUCCCAGACGAGCCCCAACACUCGCACCACUCUCAUCAAUCCCAUCACUCUCACGAAUCGUACCAAUCAUACCAUUCGUUGCAUUCCCAUUCGUUUCACCAUUCGGAUUCUAUCUACUCGCCGGCGCAAUUCAACCCGAAUGAUUAUGUUAACGACUUGCUUGGCUACAACCCUUUGGGCCCUGAGGACCACUUUUCUCAGGAAAUGGAAAUGGACGACGACCUAGAUCCGGAGAUGCAGACUGGAACAACGGGCCACCCAAUAAGCAUAACAAGUGGAUCUCCAUUUCAGGGAUCACCAUACCGUGGGCCCAAUUCGUUUCAAGAGAGGAUGGCCAAUUAUGAUUUGUAUUUUACUCCCUCAUACCAUAGCUCUCCAGCUCAACCUCCUUUGAUUGAGCCUCAGCUUCAAGCAGUUUCACCUCCACCACUUCCUGUUGAGGAGCCGCCUCAACAACCACCGCAGCGACCUCCCGAGCCUCCUAGGCGAAGGAGGAAUGUGCGCAUGUCAGUACGAGGAGGACCUCGUUUUAGUUCUUCUCAGGGUUCGAGUUCUUACCCUCCUAUCCCAGAGGACCCCCAAAUGGGUGGGCCCUCGAACGCGGCACCGGAGAUCGAUUCUCCGCCAGUUUCUUAUGCACCACCUCAGCUGCCUAUGGGUUUCGACAACCCUAUCCCGACUUACCCAGGUUCCUCCGGGUAUAACCCUUUUGAAAAUCCAUCGGGAUAUCCAUCGGAUUGUGGGACUCAUGACCCGUAUCUUACAGCUGCGGAAUAUCAUCAUCUUUACCCUUCUUCUUACCCUCCAGUUUAUCCAACUGGAUACCCAGUGCAGGGUUAUCAAUACCCGCCUUACCAGCAACCUCCUCCUCCCCAGCAGCAGCAGCAAACUCAGGAAAUCCUGGAGAGGUUAGAUAGGGUUGAGCAUGAGGCCAGAAAAACCAAGAAGGAGCAUGGUAGCUUUAUGAAGGGCCUUGCAAACCUUCUUAAAGGCAAGAAGAAAUAG